UUCAGCCUCCUUGAUUCAAAUACCAGGAACAACUCAGCCAGCACAAAGAGAAGCUUUGGGGGGCAAAAAAACUCACACCCCCACCAGCGCGCGCACACACACACACACACGCACGUGAAAACCUAAAGUUCAUCGGCAUGGGAAAGGAGAAGGAGAAGAAGAAACCUCAGCACAGCACGUCCCUGAAUAACCAGAGCCAGACAGGGAAGGCACCCGAAGAGGAGAAAAGCACCGACUCGAGCAAGAUGCAGGAGUCCACGAAGAAGAAGAAGAAGCAGAAGAAAACCAAGGGGGAUCCCAAAACUGCCCAGGAGGAGGAAUCCCACACUUGUUGUGGCUGCCGUUUCCCGCUGCUGUUUGCUUUGUUGCAGCUGGCAUUAGGCAUCUCUGUAACAGUGCUGGGCUUCCUUAUGGCAGGCAUCAGUUCUUCUUUGCUAGUCAGAGACACUCCAUAUUGGGCUGGGAUAAUUGUCUGUGUGGUGUCCUUAGUGGGAUUUGUCAUGCUUUGCAUUUCGUACCAACCUGACGAGAAGACAUGUGUGCAGUUCACAGUAAAGCUGAUGUAUUUUCUCUUGAGUGCCCUGGGUCUGGUUGCCUGUGUUUUGGCAGUGGCUUUUGCUGCACACCAUUAUCUGCAGAUGACAAAAUUCACCUGCGAUACCAUCCUCGAGUCCUGUCAGUGCAAACUGGACACUGCAGACACCCUCGGUAGGACCUUCGUCUACCAGGACGCAGCUGACUGUGACAGCCUCACCAGCAUGCUUAACCUGUACUUACUCCUGCAGAUGGUUCUCAAUCUGGUCUCAGCCCUGGUGUGUCUAUCGGCAUGCUUUGUGAUGUGGAAACACAGAUACCAGGUCUUCUAUGUGGGCGUUCGGUUCUAUCCUUUAACUGCUACCGAAGGCCAGCGGCAGAAAGUAUAGGGUCUGGGCUGGCAGGGGGUUGUUGCCAGGGAAUGGAAAAUGUCAGCGUACUGCCACCAUAGACAUCACGGAUGGAUGAGUGUUUAUCAGGUUUUUGACAAGGAAGAACAUUCACACGGUUUUAAUGAAUAUAUUUUUCAAUCAUUUUAAGAGCAUUUCAUGUGGCUGCUCUUGCGAAAGGUCUCUUGUGAGAUUAUAUAGAGGUCACAAAGUCCUAAAGAUGCAGCUGUACAAAUACGCACUAAAGAAGAUCUUUAAUAGCCAUAGACAAAAUGAGAGCUUAAAAAAAUCAUUGGGAACUCAUCUUCAGGGCUAUAGCCAUUAAGAAAUAGGGUCCAUUUCUAUUACUGGUAGAUGCCUGUUCUUGCCUUCAGAGAAGCUAUACCAAUUUCUACUAGAUAAGGAUCUGGUCCAAAGUGCUUAAUUAUUAUUAUGCUGAUCAUGCUUAGGGAAUAUACGGUCUCUCGGAUGCUCUGGAUAUAAUUCAUACUAACCUGAUGGGGAUUUACCAUGUCGAAAAAUAAUAAGAGGGGUUAAGAUUUCUUCAAAUGUAGGUUGAGACCAACAGAAAAGUGAACAUGUUGAUGAUUGCCAUAUAAAAUAUACAUAAGACUUUUCAGAGUGACUAAUGAUAUAGGCUAUCUAAUCCAAUUACUAAUAAACAAAAUACGAAUGGGUUGACUAAUGGUGAUUUGGUGGGUCCUGCCUGAUACCCCAGACAGAUUUCUGAAGUAUGAGUGCUCAGCACUUUGUGAGAGAAGAUCAAUUUAAGAAACAUUGAGUUGCACUUCUAAAGCGGAGGACCCUAAAUCACUAGUCACAUUGAAAACUAUGUUGACAUUGCUGUAAUUGCAGGCUCCCAAACCCGGCGUCUAGCCAGUUCCACCAAUUAUACUCCAAGCACAAAAGGCCAAAUGCAUUCUUGGUGUAACUCCUCUGAAGACAAUCAGCCAUACAUACCAGCAGUGGAGUUGGGCCAACAGCCCUAAAAGAUAUAUCCCUGCAACAAUGAAUGUUUUUAAAAUGGGGCGGAGGGAGGGAAGCAAGAAGAGACUGCCAGUCUCCCAAAGACACCAUUUAUAAUGAUGAGGGCAAAGUAAUAAUGAUUUCUUAAUAAGCAGCAUAAAAUAACAAACUGCACUCAAACAGUGCUUUUUCAUGCUUAAAGUAUAGCUCUAGAAGUGCUUUAUGUCUUACUAGCCUUAUACCAAGAGAAUUAUGUUGGUUUGUCCUUUGAACUGUCAUUUCCACUUGCACAGCAAGGAAUUCUAAAUGUAGAGGCAGGUCUGAAUCAGCAGCAUUUUACACUGCCUGCCGAUACAGAUGUGUGCAAGGGCAAGGCAAGCUGAUGCUCACGCCCUGCCAUGACUAGGGAUUUCCUGAUCCCAGCCAGAGCAAGGGAGUCUCUGAGAUGGGGUGGAGCAAUCACAUGACAGAAAAACUGUGCUAUAAUCAUUAGCAAGGAAGAAGCAAAUAAAAUUUCUAUAAGGCUUCAAAGAAGUAAAAACUUUCUGUUUCUGCAACAAAAAUAUUCACCAGGAAGUCAAAAAACCAGUCUGGCAAAAAGCUAGUUGUCUAUUGUCUGAGUAGGUCUACUACCCAAAAACUGUCUUCCAUAUGGUGCCAUCCCAGAGCUAGACCAGCAUACCUCCAGGGUCAGAAGAUCACAGCGUAGUUAAGUUUCCUGUGGUCCACCUAGAGCACUACUUGGUGUAUGUGCUUGAGUUUUUGUCAUGGAAAGUUCUUCUAGAGUAGACGUGGCAUCACCAAGGUGCUCUCUGCCAAGCUGCAAAGUGAGGAGCUUCAGAAAAUGAAGGUUUUUGAGACCAGCUUCCAAAUGGCCUUUUUUAUGCACCUAAAAAUAACAGUCACUAAUAAGUGUGGCUGCAGGGUUCAUUUGCAAGGGUGUCCGUUUGCUUGCCUAUGUGUUGCCACCCUCCAAAGCCCUAAGCCUGGCUUCCAGGCAUGCUUGGAGCAAGAGGAGACAGGAGUGGAGUGUGCAGGCAGGUUGGAGAUGUAAGACCCAACUGCUGGCAUCAGUGGGGCCAUCGGCGCGGUGGCAGGAACCAGCCUCUCUCCUCCAAAUCUGGCAGAGUGUGCUGCAAGCAGCACUGGUGGACCUGUGCCAGGGUCAGCCUCCCGUGUGAGACGGAUCCACAGCAGUGCCUCUCGCCCGCUGCUUGUACUCAGGUGUUGGUUUGUCCCCCCCAUCCCUCGCACGACUCCAGCCGUGCUCUCUGUGGAAGCGUAGGGCAGAGGAUAUACCUUCCUCCCACCUACACGACCCUUGCUGCGCCCGCUCCUUCCUCCAGCCAGAACUGCAGGGCUCUCCCCUCUGCAAAAAAAAUAACAAGAAGCAGGAAAGGGACCGAGGGGAGGCUGAACGACAGCUGAGCUUUGGGGCUCCCUCCCGCCCACGCCCCAGGCGCUGCGGCCCCACAGCUGGCGAAGCAAGAGGAAGGCUCUGCUGUCAGAGCAGGGCAUGCUUCCCACCCUGCCCUUUCCCAAAUGUCCUUGUUGUUCAGAAGAUCAUUUGGUCUUCAGCUCUCUAGCUUAGGCUGUGCUGUGUGCAGGCUGGCAGCAGAGAGCUGCUGUGGGAGACGGCUGGCCGGCUCCGGCCAAACGGUAUUUCCACCAGAGCCAGGCUUUUGUCUCCUUAAUCCUUUGACCUCCGUCUCACUCACAUGUUUCCACUCCCUGUCUCCCAUCACCUCCCAAGCGCUGGGCUCCUGGAGGCCUGGCCCUGUUAGAUGGGGUUGGGUUCGCAUUGCCAGGCCUCUGCCUACUCACCCCCCGGGCUUAAAUUUGCUGGGACUCCUCUAGAGCAUGGAAGAUGCGGCGGUGGUGAUCACAGGGUCGCUGCAAAUGCCCUCGACAUGGGGACGUGGAAGAGGAGAGAAAUCUGGAGAAGAGAUCCUGCUCCGCUUAGCAAGCUGUGCCCCUCCAUAACAGCGCACCCUCCGCCUCGAGCCUCUGCCGCCCGAGUUCGGUUCACUAAUCGGCACGUUGCUGCUUAACCCUUUGCUCUGGAAGAAAGCAAUAUUCAUUGUAUAUUCUGUUGGUGUUUUAAUGCUUAAUGAAUAAAUAUGGGGCAUUUUGAUCUAGUAAA